AUAUGUAAUUCAAGGUGUUUUUUAUAAUUAUAAUACUUUUCAAAUAUACUUUUUAUUAUUUAUUUUCAGAUAAUCAAUCAAAUUGGACGCUGCCUCAGACUCAGGAUUCUCAAGAAAAUUUGAAAAAAUCAUUUAAAAAAAGUGCAGAAAGGCCAUUUGAAUGUAAUAUUUGCCUGAAAUCAUUCAAAAAACCCAGUCACCUUAGCGGCCAUAGAAUGAUCCAUACUGGAGAGAAACCAUUCAAUUGUGAUUAUUGUCCCAGAUCCUUUAGGACAAAAAACAAUGUGAAAGUGCAUAUUAUAUCAGUACAUCAAAAUACAAAGGAGCAUGUAUGUGAUUUUUGCAACAAAAAGUUUAACCUCCCACAGGCUUUAGAGAGACAUUUGGAGAAACAUAUUAAAGAGAAAGAUAACGAGUUCCAUACUGGAGACAAAAACCACGAGUGUGAGGAAUGUGGGGAAAGUUUUGCAUUUAGUCACCAGCUGAAACAACAUUUGAAAGUAGUGCACGGCUGUGUGCGUUUUGAAUGUAAUAUUUGUCAGAAAUUAUUCAAAAAGUCUUGUCACCUCAAGGAUCAUAAAAUGAUACACACUGGAGAAAAACCAUUUAAUUGUGAUCAAUGUCCCAGGUCGUUUAGGGCAAAGAACACAUUGAAAGUGCACUUAAUAUCAGCACAUUCAAAUAUAAAGGAACAUAUUUGUGAAUUCUGCUAUAAACAAUUCAGUCUUGCACAGUCUUUGGAAAGACAUUUAAAGGUUCAUAAUAAAGAGAAGAACCUAAAGUGUGGACAAUGUGGGAAAAUGUUUACUUUAAAUCACCAGCUGAAAAAACAUUUGAAAGCACAUGAAAAUGUUAACUAUGAGAAUGAAACAUUGAUGUAAGAAACAUUCCACUCUGAUGUCCCCAUUAAAACAUUGACAAUGGAGAUCAUUUAAACUUAAAAGUGUAUAUAAAGAUUCAUAUAUUAUGUUAGAUUCCCUGUGUAUUAACAUUCCAUUUCUUCUCAGUCUUAAAAUACCAUGAUAAUAUAAGAUUCACUGUAUAAAAACUUUCAUUUCUUCUCAGUCUUGAAAUAUGAUAAUAUAUAUUAUGUUACAUUCACUGUAUAUAAACAUUCAUUUCUUC